AUGUUCCGUGCAUUAACCCCUAUACAGACAUGCAGAACGUUAUGUUUACCUCUUAGACAAGUAAGAUGGGCUGGACACUCAAAAUGGGCAAAUAUCAAGCAUGAUAAAGCCAAGAACGACGCCAAAAAGUCAAAAGAAGCCUACCAUCUCUCCCAUAGAAUCGAAUCUGCUGUACGCCAAGGAGGUAAAGAAAACAACCCCACACUUGACAUGUUUGUUGAAAAGGCAAAAAAGUUGAAUGUUUCAAAAGCAGUUAUCGAAAAGGCAAUCAAACGUGGUGCUGGGGAAAUGGUUCUGGAUGGACCAGCCUUGAGUGACGUGGUAUACGAAUUGAUGGGUCCAGGUGGGGUUGCCUUUGUUGUUCAAGCAUCUACUGAUAACAAGUCUCGUACAGUUUCACAGGUUAGAAAUGCCCUUGCGGAGUUCCUGGCAACUGCUAGCCCUUGUAUGUAUAUGUUCGAAAAAAAGGGGGAGGUUGUGUUUUUGCCAAAAGCAGAUGCAAACGAACUGUUUGAUGAUGUGUUUGAAGUAGCAUUGGAUAUCGGUGCUGAGGAUGUAGAAGAAGUUGAAAUUGACAAUAUUAAGAUGCCAUUGGUUUAUCGUUUACUUUGUGAUCAAACUGAAAUCAACAACAUAGUCAAGGAGCUUGGUAGUCGAGGAUAUCAAAUUCAAAACAGUUCAAUUAGAUACAUUGCCAACUCGGACAGCAGAGUUCCAUACCCAGAAAACAACAAGGGAUUCGACAAGGCAAUUGAUGCAUUGGAUGAUGUUCGUGAUGUGGUAGAUUAUUAUACAAAUAUAGAAGACGAACAUCUUCACAGAUUGGAUUCAUAG